AAGCGCAAUAAUGAACGUCUCAAGUCCGGCUUCCCUCUCUCGUUCAACCCACGGCCAUCUUUCUCCUUGCUCAAUCUAAUAUCUGGUUCUGAAUUUACACUCAAAUUUAUCUUUUUAAUCCUCAAACUUCAUUAAAAAAAUCCUCUCUAGGUCUUUCAGAAAGACAACUACUACUUCAAAUUUGAAGUACUCAACGUACCUUCUCUAAAUCGGUGUGGAGGGCGCAAAAUUGCAGUUCUGAAGCACAUGUUAUUCUUUUUAUGGAGCAUUGGAGAUUGAACUGUUCGAUUGGAUAACAAAGAAUUGGCUGUGAAUCUAUCGGUUUCGAAUGCUGCGCCAGAGCUCAAAGUUAAGAGUUUUUUGAAGGACGUUUCUCAACUUCGAAUUCGCUAGCUUGAACUAUAGUAUUUCUUCAUGCUUAAAAUUCGAUGAUUUUUAGUAAUUUCCAGUAUUUGACUGCUGUCGGGUGCUAGCACUUCAUUUUUCUUGAAGCAAGUAGUCAAUUUCAGAGCUUACUGAGUUUUUAGGGUUUGGAGAAGCGUAAUAUGGACUUUCAGGCCAUGGAUAGUAGCGGGACUGAUGAUGACCUUCCACCACCACAUCGAAAUAGAUUCCAAAGUGGGGUACGACCUGCUGGGAAUGGAAGAUCUGCAGCAGUUGGUUCUGCUUCAUUACCUAGGGUUCACAGUGACAUGGAAACUCAAAUACACAACAUUGAGCAAGAAGCAUACACUUCAGUCCUACGAGCAUUUAAAGCACAAUCUGAUGCCAUUACUUGGGAAAAGGAGAGUUUAAUUACAGAACUCAGGAAAGAGUUAAGGGUAUCAGAUGAGGAGCACAGGGAGCUUCUAUCCAGGGUAAAUGCUGAUGAUAUCAUCCGCAGAAUAAGGGAAUGGAGAAAGACAAAUGGGCUGCAACCCGGCAUGCCAAGCACAGCCCAGCCUUCUCUUGAUCCUGCACCUAGUCCUACUGUUUCAGCAUCACGCAAGAAACAGAAAACAUCACAGUCAGUCGCUUCAUUGUCCAUUGGUGCACCUUCUCCUGCAUUGCCAUCUAUGCAACCAUCUUCAUCAGCCCUGAGACGUGGUCCCCCACCAGGGCCUAGGAGCAAGAAGCCCAAAUCAUCCAUGCAGUACCCUUCUACAGGUUUGACCGGGAGAGCACAAGCUGGUAUUCGGAGUUCUUCAGGUGCAUUUGCAACCAAUGAAGCUGCAGAGGCUACCAGUUAUGAUCCAUUGAUUGGAAGGAAAGUUUGGACUCGGUGGCCCGAAGAUAACCAAUACUAUGAGGCUGUUAUAACUGACUAUAAUCCAGUUGAGGGGAGGCAUGCUCUGGUUUAUGAUAUUAAUUCAGCAGAUGAAACUUGGGAAUGGGUCAAUCUGAAAGAGAUUUCCCCUGAAGAUAUUAGGUGGGAGGGUGAGGAUCCAGGAAUUUUUCAUAGAGGCGGCUGGCCUGGACCAGGCCGUGGGAAUAAGAAAUCUAUGGCAGCACAUGGUGGUGCACUUGCUGGUGCAGGAAGAGGUAGAGGCACCAUGAAGGGGCAGUCUAGAAAAGAUUUCCCCUUGUCACAAAACGGUAUUGGAAAAAAGGCAUUGGGAGAUAUUGAGAUACUCCAUACAGAUACUUUAAUCAAGGAGGUGGAAAAAGUUUUUGCUGCUAGCCAUGCAGAUCCAAUGGAAAUUGAUAAAGCAAGGAAAGUACUGAAAGAACACGAACAAGCGCUGGUUGAUGCCAUUGCAAAGCUUGAAGAUGCAUCUGAUGGUGAAAGUGAUGGGGAACAUCCAUAUUCCCAUGGAUAAUCAGUGGACCGAGAUCGGGGAUGGAGAAAAAGGCCAUACGAUGGAAUGGGAGGUGAAAGCAGAGAUCAAAUGGCAAGAAAAUGGCAAGUGGUAGAGUUGGAUCUGUUGAACAUCAAGAUGAUUGGGAUGAAAUAUAAUCAUUAGCCUUAUUGCUGAUAGUGAACCCCUGUUGUAUGAUUAGGACUAAUUUAAUGACUAGCCUAGUGCAUAUAGCCUUUGGCUUUAGAGUCUAUUGUUUAGACAGGAGGUAGUCUGCUUCUAUUGUAAUUUUUUGAUUCCAUUGAAUGUUGGAAAAUGCUUUCUGUAAAUUAUGUUUGCAGAUUGAAUAUCUUUGGACUCCGUAAAGAUCUCUGUAAAAUUCUCUCUUCUAUUGUGUUA